UUGUAAAAUAUUAAAGAAAUAUUUUACCAGAUUAAAUUCAUACAAGAGGUUACGAAAAUAAAUACAAUAAAUUAUAAAUAUUGUAAUAGGAACAUUCAUAAUUUUUUUCUUCGUAAUUCGUAUUCUAUUAUUUAUUGAAAAUAUUAUUUGUUACCCAUUAUGGCAGAGGUGGGACCAUUUACUAGUACUACAGCAUUUUGUGCAAGAUGUGGAUCUAUACUACCUUUACUCAAUGAUUUUGGUCUUGUUAAAUGCUAUGCAUGCAAAUCGAUUUAUGAACCAGAUAAUUUCAACAAGCUUAAAUUCAAUUACACUAUUAACUUUAAUACAGUGUCUGUCUUAACAAAUGAAAAUAUUUUAAAUUUGGACAAUCCUGAAGGCCCAGUUGUUGAAAGGAAGUGUCCUAAAUGUGGUUGUGAUAGAAUGUCAUAUGCUACACUACAGUUGAGAUCGGCUGAUGAAGGGCAGACUGUCUUUUAUACCUGUGUAUCUUGCAAGUACAAGGAAACAGAAAAUUCAUAGUUA